AUGGCUCCAGGCCCUCCUCUCCCUGUCUCUGAUCAUACCGUUUUCUUUUUCAAAGAAGCAGAGUCAUUUUUUACAGGUCAGAACUGUAGAAAUAAUGAGGAGGUGACACUUAUACGCAAAGCUGAUUUGGAGAACCAUAAUAAAGAUGGAGGCUUCUGGACUGUGAUUGACGGGAAAGUAUAUGAUAUAAAGGACUUCCAGACACAGUCGUUAACAGGAAAUAGUAUUCUUGCUCAGUUUGCAGGGGAAGACCCAGUGGUAGCUUUGGAAGCUGCUUUGCAGUUUGAAGACACCCGGGAAUCCGUUUACGCAUUUUGUGUUGGCCAAUAUUUGGAGCCUGACCAAGAAGUUGUCACCAUACCAGAUCUGGGAAGUCUCUCUUCACCUCUGAUAGACACAGAGAGGAAUCUGGGCCUGCUUCUCGGAUUACAUGCUUCCUAUUUAGCAAUGAGCGCACCGCUGUCUCCUGUCGAGAUUGAAUGUGCCAAAUGGCUUCAGUCAUCCAUCUUCUCUGGAACGCACACCAGCCAGAUCCACUACAGCUACAAAGAGGAGAAAGAUGAGGACCACUGCAGCUCCCGGGGCACACCUGCCAGCAAAUCUCGACUCUACUCCCACAGAUGGGCUCUGGGGGACCAUUCCCAGGCAUUUCUGCAAGCCAUUGCAGACAGUAACAUUCAGGAUCACAACAUGAAGGACUUUUUGUGUCAAAUAGAAAGGUACUGUAGGCAGUGCCAUUUGACCACACCAAUCAUGUUUCCCCCUGAGCAUCCCGUGGAAGAUGUCAGUCGCUUGCUGUUAUGUUGCCUCUCGAAACAUGAAGAUUUAGGUCAUGUGGCAUUAUCUUUAGUUCAUGCAGGUGCACUUGGUAUUGAGCAAGUAAAGCACAGAACGUUGCCUAAGUCAGUGGUGGAUGUUUGUAGAGUUGUCUACCAAGCAAAAUGUUCGCUCAUUAAGACUCAUCAAGAACAGGGCCGUUCUUACAAGGAGGUCUGUGCUCCUGUCAUCGAACGUUUGAGAUUCCUCCUUAACGAAUUGAGACCUGCUGUUUGUAAUGACCUCUCUAUAAUGUCUAAGUUUAAAUCGUUAAGUUAUUUGCCCCGUUGGAGGAGGAUAGCUCAGAAGAUAAUUCAAGAAUGAAGGAAAAAGAGAGUUCCUAAGAAGCCAGAAUCUACGGAUAAUGAAGAAAAAAUUGGAAAUGAAGAGAGUGAUUUAGAAGAAGCUUGCAUUUUGCCUCAUAGUCUAAUAAAUGUGGACAAGAGACCCCUUGCAAUUAAAUCGCCCAAGGACAAAUGGCAGCCGCAGUUGAGUACUGUUACAGGUGUUCACAAAUACAAGUGGUUGAAGCAGAAUGUGCAGGGUCUUUAUCCGCAGUCUCCACUCCUCUGUACAAUUGCUGAAUUUGCCCUUAAAGAAGAGCCAGUGGAUGUGGAAAAAAUAAGAAAGUGCCUACUAAAACAGUUGGAGAGAGCAGAGGUUCGCCUGGAAGGGAUAGAUACAAUUUUAAAACUGGUGAGCAAGAAUUUCUUACUUCCAUCUGUGCGGUAUGCGAUGUUUUGUGGAUGGCAAAGACUUAUUCCUGAAGGAAUCGAUACAGGGGAACCUCUUACUGAUUGUUUAAAGGAUGUUGAUUUGAUCUCACCUUUUAAUCGGAUGCUGCUGGAAGUCACCUUUGGCAAGCUGUAUGCUUGGACUGUUAGGAACAUUUGAAAUGUUUUGAUAGAUGCCAGUGCCAAAUUUAAAGAGUUUGGUAUCCAGCCAGUUCCCCUGCAAACCAUCACCAAUGAGAACCUGUCAGGACCCAGCCUGGGGACCAUCCCGCAAGCCCGCUUCCUCCUGGUGGUACUCAGCAUGCUCACCCUGCAGCACGGCGCAAACAACCUCGACCUCCUGCUCAAUUCCGGAAUGCUGGCCCUCGCUCAGACGGCACUGCGCCUGAUUGGCCCCAGUUGUGACAACGUUGAGGAAGAUAUGAAUGCUUCUGCUCAAGGUGCUUCUGCCACAGUUUUGGAAGAAACAAGGAAGGAAACGGCUCCUGUGCAGCUCCCUGUUUCAGGGCCAGAACUGGCUGCCAUGAUGAAGAUUGGAACGAGGGUCGUGAGAGGUGUGGACUGGAAAUGGGGCGAUCAGGAUGGGCCUCCUCCAGGCCUAGGCCGAGUGAUUGGUGAGCUGGGAGAGGACGGGUGGAUAAGAGUCCAGUGGGACACGGGCAGCACCAACUCCUACAGGAUGGGGAAAGAAGGAAAAUAUGACCUCAAGUUGGCAGAGCUGCCAGUCGCUGCACAGCCCUCAGCAGAGGACUCGGACACAGAGGACGACUCUGAAGCCGAACAAACUGAAAGGAACAUUCACCCCACUGCAAUGAUGUUUACCAGCACUAUUAACUUACUGCAGACUCUUUGUCUGUCUGCCGGAGUUCAUGCUGAGAUCAUGCAGAGUGAAGCCACCAAGACUUUAUGCGGACUGCUGCGAAUGUUAGUGGAAAGCGGAACGACGGACAAGACAUCUUCUCCAAACAGGCUGAUGUACAGGGAGCAACACCGGAGCUGAUGUAUGCUGGGGUUUGUGCAGAGCAUCGCUCUCACGCCGCAGGUGUGCAGCGCCCUCAGCUCCCCGCAGCGGAUCACGCUGCUCAUGAAGGUCGUGGAAGGGCACGCACCCUUCAGUGCCGCCUUGCUGCAGAGACAGAUCUUAGCUGUGCAUUUGUUGCAAGCAGUCCUUCCAUCAUGGGACAAGACCGAAAGGGCGAGGGACAUGAAAUGCCUUGUGGAGAAGCUGUUUGACUUCUUGGGGAGCUUGCUCACUACCUGCUCCCCCGACGUGCCCUUACUCAGAGAGUCCACACCAAGGCGGCGCAGGGUGCGCUCGCAGGCCUCGCUGACUGGCACCCACAGCAGCACACUGGCGGAGGAGGUGGUGGCACUGCUGCACACGCUGCACUCCCUGACUCAGUGGAAUGGGUUCAUCAACAAGUACAUCAACUCCCAGCUCCGCUCCAUCACCCACAGCUUUGCGGGAAGGCCUUCUGAAGGGGCCUAGUUAGAGGACUACUUCCCCGACUCCGAGAACCCUGAAGUGGGGGGCCUCAUGGCGGUCCUGGCCGUGAUUGGAGGCAUCGAUGGUUGCCUGCGCCUGGGUGGCCAAGUUGUGAACGAUGAGUUUGGAGAAGGCACCGUGACUCGCAUCACCCCGAAGGGCAAAAUCACCAUGCAGUUCUCUGACAUGCAGACGUGUCGCGUUUGCCCAUUGAAUCAGCUGAAACCACUCCCUGCCGUGGCCUUUAAUGUGAACAGCCUGCCCUUCACAGAGCCCAUGCUGUCUGUCUGGGCUCAGUUGGUGAACCUCGCUGGAAGCAAGUUAGAAAAGCACAAAAUAAAGAAAUCAACUAAACAGGCCUUUGCAGGACAAGUGGACCUGGACCUGCGUACGAAGAAGUGUGCGAAGGUGAUGUUGGCAAAGUCAUCAAACUGGACAGAGAUGGAUUGCAUGAUCUCAGUGUGCAGUGUGACUGGCAGCAGAAAGGGGGCACCUACUGGGUUAGGUACAUUCAUGCUGAACUUAUAGGCUAUCCUCCACCAAGUUCUUCCCACAUCAAGAUUGGUGAUAAAGUGCGGGUCAAAGCCUCUGUCACCACACCAAAAUACAAAUGGGGAUCUGUGACUCAUCAGAGUGUGGGGGUUGUGAAAGCUUUCAGUGCCAAUGGAAAAGAUAUCAUUGAUGACUUUCCCCAGCAGUCUCACUGGACUGGGUUGCUAUCAGAAAUGGAGUUGGUGCCCAGUAUUCAUCCUGGGGUUACGUGUGAUGGAUGUCAGAUGUUUCCUAUCAAUGGAUCCAGAUUCAAAUGCAGAAACUGUGAUGACUUUGAUUUUUGUGAAAUGUGUUUCAAGACCGAAAAACACAAUACCAGGCAUACAUUUGGCAGAAUAAAUGAACCAGGUAUGGCAGAAUGUUUAUAUUCUCUCUUCCACCAAAUAUUAAUGAAAUACUUAUUGUGGACCACAAUGUAUUGGAAUUUGUUAUUUUAAGGUUCCUAUGUAUACGGUAAUUCUGUAGAGUGAGUACAGUGAAACGGAAGUGACGGUCCUACCCACUGAUGACUGGCUGGCUUUUUAAAAAAAUCAGGAUGGAGUGUCGGGGAAGAAUUAGAGUAACUAGGCUUGUUUGCUUGUUUUUCCAUAAAGAAACAUUAAAAGAAUCUCAAGAAACUAGUAAGUGUUUAGUUGCAUGGCAUGUGGAAUUAGUUAGAUGGAGAGUGAGGUUUUUCAUUUAUAUACCUUUUACUGUAUUUUUCGUUGUGGCAAAAUAUAUAUAACUUAAAAUUAGCCACUUAAUCAUUUUCUAAGUUUAUAAUUCAGGGUAUUAAGUACCUUAAGUACAGAGUUGCACAACCAUCACAACUCUCUCUUACCAAAACUUUUCACCACUCUGAUCAGAAACUGUACCCAUUAAGCAGUUUAACUACCCUACUUCCCCUUACCCCAACCCUGGUAACCUUGAAUCUAACCUUGGUCUCUAUGAAUAUGACCACUCCAGAUACCUCAUCUAGAUGGAACCAUGUAAGAUUUAUCCUUUUGCGUUUAGCAUAAUGUCUUCAAGCUUCAUCCGUAUUGUAGCAUGUGUCAGAACGUCAUCCUUUUUAAUGGCUGAAUGAUAUUCCACUGUAUGCAUAUAUCACUUUUCUUCUUUGUGAGACAGAGUCUCACUCUGUUGCCCAGGCUGGAAUGCAGUGGCAUGAUCUUGGCUCAGUGCAACCUCCGCCUCCUGGCUUCAAGCAAUUCUCCUGUCUCUGCCUCCUGAGUAGCUGGGAUUACAGGCCGGUGCCACCAUGCUCAGCUAACUUUUCUAUUUUUUUUUAAUUAUUAUUUUUUUGUGACAGAGUCUCACUCUGUCUAUAAGGAGUGUAUAUGUUAUAUACAUUUUUAGUUUUAGUACUUACUGAAGAUAUUAAUUAUAACAUCUAUUUUUGACUCAUUCAAAUCUAUUUUUAGUAUAUUCUCUUAAACAAUGCAAAGACCUUAGUUCUCUUUAACAUCAUUUAUCUUCAUUCUGAUUUAUGCGUUCUUAACAUAUUUUAAUGUUUUGCUUUUGUUUUUUUUUUUGUUUUUUUUUUUGAGAUGGAGUCUCACUCUGUCGCCCAGGCUGGAGUGCAGUGGCGUGAUCCUGGCUCACUGCAACCAACACCUCCCGGGCUCAAGCAAUUCUCCUGCAUCAGCCUCCCGAGUAGCUGGGAUUGCAGGCUCCUGCCACCACGCCUGGCUAAUUUUUGUAUUUUUAGUAGAGGUGAGAUUUCACCAUGUUGGCCAGGCUGCUCUUGAACUCCUGACCUCAGGCAGUCUACCCACCUCAGCCUCCCAAAGUGCUGGGGUUAUGUGCAUGAGCUACCACGUCCAGCCAAAAUUUUAUACAUUUUAUACAAAUACAUAUCUAACAGAACUAUAGAAGACAUUCUUUUAUGCACACAGAAAAUGUUCAUAAAAUCCAGUCAUAUGCUAAGUGGGUCAUACGCUCAAACAAAGUUUCAAAAAAUGUCAAAGGAUUUGCCAGGCACAGUGGUUCCCAAGGUGCUGGGAUUACUGACGUGAGCCACCACACCAGCCAAAACCUUCAUUUUAAAAAAGGCUGGGUCAUGCAUCAUGGGUCAUGCCUGUAAUCCCAGCACUUUGAGAGGCCAACGCAGGCGGAUCACCUGAUGUCAGGAGUUCGAGACCAGAUGACCAACAUGGUGAAACCCCGUCUCUACCAAAAAUACAAAAAUUAGCUGGGCAUGGUGGCACGCACCUGUAAUCCCAGCUACUCAGUAGGCUGAGGCAGGAGAAUUGCUUGAAUCUGGGAGGCGGAAGUUGCAGUGAGCUGAGAUUGUGCUACCACACUGCAGCCUGGGUGACCGAGUGAGACGCCAUCUGAAAAAAUAAAUAAAGGCUGGGUGCCAGAUGUGGUGCAUAGGCCUAGUUUGUUGACUCCUGUACUUAAGAUAUAAAACUCUAAAGAACAGUGGGAGGGAGCUUCCCUCUAGAGGCACAGGAGGGGACAAGUUGGUCCCUGAGCAGUGACUUUAUAAUAACAUGUUACACUGUGUUUUUUGUUUUUGUUUUUUGUUUGUUUGAGACAGAGUUUCACUCUUGUUGCCCAGGCUGGAGUACGAUGGCGUGAUCUCAGCUCACAACAACCUCCACCUCCCAGAUUCAAGCGAUUCUCCUGCCUCAGCCUCCCAAGUAGCUGGGAUUACAGGCAUGCACCACCACAUCCGACUGAUUUUUGUAUUUUUAGUAGAGAUGGGGUUUCACCAUAUUGGCCAGGCUGAUCUUGAGCUUCUGGGAUCAAGGAAUCCACCAACCAUGCUUUCCAAAGUGCUGGCAUUACAGGCGUGAGCCACUGUACCCAGCCAAGAAUUGUUUCUUCUCCUUACCUAGGUAGAGACCUCUUCAGAAAUGCUGGGAGAUCUUUGGAGAGGGGAGAUUUUUCAAAUAAAAAAUUUAAUACUUGGCUGGGCAUGGUGGCUCACCCCUGUAAUCCCAGCAUUUUGGGAGGCCGAGGCGGAUGGAUCACGAAGUCAGGAGAUCGAUACCAUCCUGGCUAACACGGUGAAACCCCGUUUCUACUAAAAAAAUACAAAAAAUUAGCCGGGCAUCGUGGCAGGCGCCUGUAGUCCCAGCUACUCGGGAGGCUGAGGCAGGAGAAUGGCGUGAGCCUGGGAGGAGGAGCUUGCAGUGAGCCGACAUCAGGCCACUGCACUCCAGCCUGGGUGACACAGCAAGACUCCGUCUCAAAAAAAAAAAUUUUAAUACUUUGGGAGGCCAAGGCGGGUAGAUCACGAGGUCAGGAGUUCAAGAACUGCCUGGCCAGGAUGGUGAAACCCCAUCUCUACUAAAAAUACAAAAAUUAGCCGGGCAUGGUGGUGGGUGCCUGUAAUCCCAACGACUCAGGAGGCUGAGGCAGGAGAAUCGCUUGAACCCGGGUGGCAGAGGUUGCAAUGAGCCAAAAUAGCACCACUGCACUCCAGCCUGGGCAAUGAGAGUCAGAUUCCAUCUAAAAAAAAAAAAAAACAUUGAUCUAGUUCUAAACCUCAUUUUGAAUCCACCCACAUUGCUCUGAAAUACAUUCAUCUUUCCUGUGGCUAAAACCUUAAAGCCUUGCCAGUAACUCCCAUUGCACUUAAGGAAAUCCAGUCUCCUUGUUGUGGCCCCUGAACAGGCUGCUGCUGGCCCACCACGGUGCCUCUAGUUUGUGUAAAAUGCAUAUGUCAACUUAUAAUAAAUCAUACAAGGCUUUUUUAGCUCUAAAAGGCUAUUAUUCACUAGUUGCUGUGUGAAUCAGUAUUUCUGGGUGCAGUUAGAAGUUAUUAGAGUUGAUGACCAAGACUCAUCUCAACCAGCACGGGGGAGGCAUCUGCUCGUUUUAUGGUCAGUGACUCUGGGCCUCCUUCUGCUGGGCUCAGUGCUGAGGUGGGUCUGACUCGGCUCAGAGCUGUGCACCCCGGCCCUCCUCCCCAACUUGCAUGAGUGCUCUUUAGGAUGGAGCCGAACACUGGCUUCUCAAAACCACUUGGCCCCACCACAGGCCCUGAGAACUGAUUGAGUCACUCUGGUGGGCUCCCCAGCCCUAGCCAAGAAGGGUUUCUCUAGGGAGCCUGGCCCCCACUCAUGAGACCUGGAGCUCCAAAGAUUCUAACCAGCGGCCUGCCUCCAGGGAGGAGCCACUCGCCCCCACCAAGCUCCCUUCACAGAGACCCAUCCAACAGAGCUGAGGAAAACCAUGCCUCAUAAAUGAAUAAAUACAUAAAUAAGGAUGCCAGGGACCUAUGGAUUUUGUAAUUCCUGAAAGAGGGCAGAGUGGCUGGCUCACAGCAAGCACAGCAGGAGAUACUGCUCCCUGGCCAGGCUGUGCUCUGUCUCUUUGGAGGGAGCCCUAGGGGACAAGAAAAUCCAGAGGAGACCAGAUCACCCAGAAGGUACCUCUCCACCCCUUCCCUGGAGUUUCUGGGACACGAAGCCCACCCGAGGGACACGUGCCUCCUUGGGAGUUGUACCAGGCCUCCUUCCUGAUCUGGCCAUGCAGUGGUUUUCAGUGCCAGAAACAGAUGAAUAAAAUAGGCCGUUUAUUGGAUGUUCUUCAGGAACAUGCACAUUUCUUUGGAUCUUUCCAUCGUUUUAUCUCUAUUUAAAGUUAAAUGCUGUGUUAUACCAAGUACUGGUAAAGAUGUAGAGCUACAAGAAUGGUCCAGCUGGCAGUAGCAUAAAGUUGUAUAAGCACAUUGGAAACCUGUUUGGCAGCUUCUACUAAAGCUAUAUCUAUGCUUACCUUCAGAAAUUCCAUCCUAAGCAUGUACACAAGAGAAAUGAGUGCAUAUGUCCACAAAAGGACAUAUAAGAAUGUUCAUUGCCAUUUUUAUCCAUAAGAGCCCCAAAUGAAAACAACCUAAAUGUCCAUCAACAGGAGAGUGAAUAAGUGGUGAUAGUCACAUCAUGGAAUACUACACAGCCAAAAAAGAAAAAUGAAGUGGUAGGAACGUUCAACAACAUGGGUGAAUAGAGGGAGCCAGGUAUGAGAGACAGUGCACUGUACCAGCCCACUUAGAUGAAGUGCAGGAAGGCAGAACUGACAAUGAUUGAAGUCAGAAGAGUAGUUUCUUUUGUGGGAAAGUUAGAUCAGGAAGGAGCUCUCUGGGGUACUAGAAAUCUGCCGUAUCUUGGCUGGGUGCAAUGGCUCACGCCUGUAAUCCCAGCACUUCGGGAGGCCUAGGUGAGAGGGUCGCUUGAGCCCAGGAGUUAGAGACCAGCCUGGGCAACAUAGUGAGAUCCCAUCUCUACAAAAAGUUAAAAAUUAGCAUGGCAUGCUGGUGUGCGCCUGUAGUCUCAGCUACUCAGGAGGCUGAGGCAGGAGGAUUGCUUGAGCUCAACAGUUUGAGGCUGCAGUGAGCUAUGAUUGUGCCACUGCACUGCAGCCUGUCACUUCAGUGACUGAGCAGGACCAGUCGCCAAAAAAAAGAGAAAGGAAAGGAAAGGAAGAAAGAAAGGAAAAGAAAAGAGAAGAAAGGCUGAGUGCACUGCUUCACAUCUGUAAUCCCAGCACUUUGGGAGGCCUAGGCGAGAGGGUCACUUGAGCCCAGGAGUUAGAGACCAGCCUGGGCAACAUAGCGAGAUCCCAUCUCUACAAAAAAUUAAAAAUUAGCAUGGCAUGCUGGUGUGCGCCUGUAGUCUCAGCUACUCAGGAGGCUGAGGCAGGAGGAUUGCUUGAGCUCAAGAGUUUGAGGCUGCAAUGAGCUAUGAUUGUGCCACUGCACCGCAGCCUGUCACUUCAGUGACUAAGCCAGACCAGUCACAAAAAAAAAAAAAAAAAAAAAAAGGAAGAAAGAAAGGAAAAGAAAAGAAACGGCUGAGUGCACUGUUUCACAUCUGUAAUCCCAGCACUUUGGGAGGCCAAGGCAGCUGGAUCACUUGAGGCUGGGAGUUUGAGACUAACCUGGACAACAUGGCAAAACCAAAAACACAAAAAUUAGCCAGGCAUGUUGGUACAUGCCUGUAAUCCCAGCUACUCAGGAGGCUGAGGCAUGAAAAUCCCUUGAACUCGUGAGCCAAGAUCACGUCACUGCACUCCAGCCUCUGUGACAGAGCAAGACUCUGUCUCAAAAAGGAAAAAAAAAAAAAAAAAUCUGAAAAAAAAAAAUCUGCUAUAUCUUCACCUAGGUGAGGCUAUCACAUACAUUGAUAUAUAUUGGAAUAUGUGUGUGUGUGUCUCAGUGUAUAUACCAAAAUGCACAUUAACAAAGAUUCUGGCCAGGCACUGUGGCUCAUGCCUCUAAUCCAAGCUCUUUGAGAGGCUGAGACAGGUGGAUCACGAGGUCAGGAGUUCGAGGACAGCCUGGCCAAUAUGAUGAAAGACCUCUCUACUAAAAAUACAAAAAUUAGCCAGGCAUGGUGGUGCACUCGUGCAAUCCCAGCUACUCAGGAGGCUGAUGCAUAGGAAUCGCUUGAACCGGGCAGGCGGGGGUGGCAGUGAGCCAAGAUUGGGCCACUGCACUCCAGCCUGGGUGACAGAGUAAGAGGCUAUCUCAAAAAAAAAAAAAUAUAUAUAUAUAUAUAUUCCAUUAGUAAACAUAGAAUGAUUGAAUUAUAAAAAUCAGCAUUGUGACCGGAUGCCAUGGCUCACACCUAUAAUCCUAGGAUGACACUUUUGAGAGGCUGAGGAGGGCAGAUCACGAGGUCAGGAGAUCGAGGCCAUCUUGGCCAACAUGGUGAAACCCUGUCUCUACUCAAAAUACAAAAAUUAGCUGGGUGUGGUGGUGUGUGCCUUUAAUUCCAACUACUCAGGAGGCUGAGACAGGAGAAUCAAUUGGACCUGGGAGGCAGAGGUUGCAGUGAGCCAAGAUUGCGCCACUGCACUCCAGCCUGCCAACAGAGUGAAACUCCAUCUCAAAAAAAAAAAAAAAUCACCAUUUUGUGGUAUUUAAUUAAUUAAUUGAGGCAAAGAUGGCAAUGGAUGAAAAUACCGUAUUAGAUGAGAGGAUGAUGGGGGAUGUUUGCAGUGAAGGAGUCAGUUCUCACCACCUGAAUUAUUUGAACUUAGCACCACUAAAAGUAGAGCAAUCAGGUACAGAGUGCCUCCAGACCUGAUGAAAUAGAAAUCACUGACACCAUCUAGGUUUCUUUUUUUUUUUUUUUUUUUUUCUGAGACAGAGUCUCACUCUGUCACCGAGGCUGGAGUGCAGUGGCAUGUUAUCGGCUCACUGCAAUCUCAACAUCCCCGAUUUAAGUGCCUCAGGCUUCCGAGCAGCUGGGAUUAUGGGAAUCUGCCACCACACUCGGCUAAUUUUUGUAUUUUUAGUAGAGACGGGGAUUCACCAUGUUGGCCAGACUGGUCUGGAACUCCUGACCUCUAGUGAUCCACCCGCGUCAGCCUCCCAAAGUUCUGGGAUUACAGGGGUGAGCCACCUUGCCCAGCCUAUUUCAUAUUUUAAAUAUUAAAAAGUAGAACCUGGCCAGGGGUGGUGGCUCACACCUGUAGUCCUAGCCCUUUGGGAGGCUGAAGUGGGAGGAUUGCUUGAGCCCGGGAGUUCAAGACCAGCCUGGGCAACAGAACAAGACUCCAUAGUGAGAAAAAAAAAAAAAGAAUUAGGAAUUUUGUCUAGGAUGCUGUUCAGAAGAGUUAGAAUAGCAGACCUGAGACUACUAUCCUUAGAGAGGGCUGCUUGCAAAGUUGGCGUCUGGGAACAUGGGUUUAGAGAGGCCUGUCACCAUUCCCUACCUAAUAAGAGUGGCUCACUGUGCCUAAACUGUUUGUGCAGACAACACAGUUUAUGUUGCUUUCCUUUAUUUAUUUAUUUAUUUAUUCAUUGAGACAGAGUCUCCUUCUGUCACCCAGGCUGGAGUGCAGUGGCAUCAACUCUGCUUACUGCAAACUCUGCCUCCCAGGUUCCAGCGAUUCUCCUGCCUCAGCCUCCUGAGUAGCUGAGAUUACAGGCAUACACCAACACACACAGCUAAUUUUUGUAUUUUUAGUAGAGAUGGGUUUUCACCAUGUUGGCUAGGCUGAUGUCAAACUCCUGACCUCAAGUGAUCCACCUGCCUUGGCCUCCCAAAGUGCUGGGAUUACAAUCGUGAACCACUGCGCCUGGCUGCCAAUUUCCUUUGCAAUGCUGCUGUUCCUUAGAGUGAGACAAGGGUGAACACUGGUGAACACUGUCUGGGGCGGCCUGGUGGACAAGAAGGCAUUGGCCCAGGCCCUGAAGGAGGGUCGGAUCCGCGGCAAGGCCCUGGUCAUGCACGAGUGGGAACCCUUUAGCUUUAGCCAGGGCCCCCGAAGGUUGCACCCAAUCUCUUCUGCACCCCCCACGCUGCGUGGUACAGCGAGCUGGCAUCCACCGAGAUGCCAGAGGAGGCGGUGCAGGAGAUCCGCAGAGCCGUAUCCCAGACAGCCUGAAGAACUGUGUCAACAAGGACCAUCUGACGGCUGCCACCCACUGGGCCAGCGUGGACCCCGCCGUCGUGCACCCUGAGCUCGACGGGUACCCUCCGGGUGUGGUGGGCGUGGCCCCACUGGCAUCCCAGCUGCUGUGGAAGGUAUCGUCCCCAGCGCCUUGUUCGUGUCCCACAGCCUCUCCCCUAUGGCACACCCGCCCCACAGGGGCCCCUUCUCCUGGCCAAACCAUCAAGCCCAAGGCGGAUAGAGACCACACCAGUGACCAGUUGUAGCCCCGGAGGAGCUCUCCAGCCCGGGCGCCUGGGCGGAGGGCCUGGAAACCCUUGGACCAGAGUGUGUGGAGGAGGCGCCUGUGUGGCUGCCCUGGCACUGCAGAGACUGGUCCGGGCUUUCAGGAGGCGGGAGGGGGCAGCGCUGGGCCUCGUGUCGGUUGUCGUCAUCUGUCUUAUGGGUGCUCUGCCCUGUGUCCUUUGCCUUCCUCGUUAAGCAGAAGUCAGUAGUUAUUCUCCCAUGAACGUUCUUGUCUGUGUACAGUUUUUAGAACAUUACAAAGAUCUGUUUGCUUAGCUGUUAACAAAAAGGAAACCUGAAGGAACAUUUGGAAGUCAGUUUCAGAGUUUUGUUUUUUGUUUGUUGUUUUGUUUUUUUUGUUUGUUUGUUUUUAUGUUGGAAUGUGCCCCGGAAUGAGGCAGUUGGCAAACUUCUCAGGACAAUGAAUCAUUCCCGUUUUUCUUUUCAUGCCACACAGUGCAUUGUUUCUUCUACCUGCUUAUUUUUAGAAUAGGAAAACAAAACAAAGGCUGUUUUUCCUAAUUUUGCCAUGAAUCCCCCCUUGUUCCAAAUGAAGACAGCAUCACGAAGCAGCUUCAAGACAAAAAGCUUGGGCACUGCCCAGCUUGCCCGCUGCCCAUCGACUUCUGUCCUGGGGACACAGAGGGUAGCAGCAUCCCCGCCUGCACCAGUGCCAUCCUGCUGAUGUGAUAGGCUAGCAAGAUUUUGGUUAAAAUCAUGUCUGUGAUUGUAACCGUCUGUAUGAAUUAUUUUAAAGAAAUAAAAAUCCCAGAAAGAGAAAAAGAAAAAAAAAAAAAAGAAACAGUGAGGCUACUAAGCAGAGUGUCCUCAGGCAGUGGCCUCACAGAACUGCCUGCAGCCCUCUUAAGAGCGGCUUGGCCACUGCAAGACAGGACACAGUCAGCUGGGUGGGCUGGGCCCAGAACAAGUUGAUGCUGAGACAACGGAACUUGCACCAGAGAUCAAGAACCCUUGAAGGAGUGGACAUCUCAGCCAACACCAGCAUCCAGGGCUGAGUAGGCACAAGAGAAGACCCACACAGUGUGGCCAGAAUGAGCUGGAGGACUGGGACUCAGGCCCCAAUACCGCUCCGCCUCUUCCAUCCUCAUUCUGGUCUAGAUCCAUAUUGAGCUCCUCGCCUGCGAGGUGUUACUAUUUCAUGCAGUAGACAGACAAAAGCAGUCCACUGUUGGCCGGGCGCGGUGGCUCAUGCCUGUAAUCCCAGCACUUUGGUAGGCUGAGGCAGGCAGAUCACCUGAGAUCAGGAGGUCAAGACUAGCCUGUCCAAUAUGGCAAAACCCUGGCCCUCUAAAAAUACAAAAAUUAGUUGGGGAUGGUGGUGGGUGCCUGUAAUCCCAGCUACUCGGGAGGCUGAGGUGGGAUAAUCACUUGAACCCGGGUGGAAGUUGCAGUGAGUCAAGAAGGCGCCACUGCACUCCAGCCUAGGCCACAAGAGCGAGACUCCGUCUCAAAAGAGAAAGCAGCAACAACAAAAAUUCCACUGUCAAGACAGCAGCGUGACCACAUGCUACAUCUCUUUCUUCUAUAGAACAUCAUUAGACAUAGUAAAAAAAAAAAAAAAAAAAAAAAAAUGUAUUUUGAGACAGAAUUUCGUUCUGUCGCCCAGGCUGGAGUGCAAUGGCAUGAUCUCAGCUCACUGCAACCUCCACCUCACAGGUUCAAGCGAUUCUCCUGUCUCAGUCGGCCGAGUAGCUGGGAUUACAAAAAAUACAUAUAUUUUAAAGCAGAGUGACAAAUUCAUAACUAAGCAUGGAGUGAAAGAGGGGACCCCCAGGGAAUUGAGAUGGUAACAUCUUUCUUUAAAAAAGAAAACAAAGUGUGCAAAAUGGAUGUCUUCUUGUCACUUCACACAGCCUACUGACAUAGUGCCCCAGCCCCAGACCCCAAACUCACUGUCCUGCUCGGGGACCCCCAGAACACACUGAACAUUGAGGGCACACCACCUACUCUCCUAUCCUCACCUCAUUCAUGCAGGAAAUGGCUAAAUAACUCAGAAGAGAAGCCAAAAAGAAAAUGCACACGGGGAACAGGAGAGAGCAGUCUGCCAUUCAAAACACACCUAGACAAGCCUCUCAUAGCAGACAAGGGCAGAACCAGGAAUUAACACAUGUGGGGGAAGAUAUACAUCACAAAUAGACAGUAAAAUCCGUGGAAGAACCAAGGGAAUGGCGAAGCGGAAUGUCAGGAAAGGACUUUAUAAUAUGUAGGCCUUAGAGAAAUAGAGAAGGAACUGAGACAAAAAUCAGUUUGAAUCCUUGGAAAUAAAAAAUGUCAUGACUGAAAUUAACAAUUCAGCAAUUACUGAACUGAGAGCUGAACAGAACUUGUAAAGAGGUGUGUGUGUGUGUCUGUAUACACAUGCUCACGCACACAUACAGAAUGAAACUUCAGAAUAUCAAGGACAAAGAAAAAGAGAAAAAAGGUACCGGGAGAAGAGAUGAUGAAUGAUGCAUAAAACAUUGAAAAUCAGGCCAGGCUCAGUGGCUUAUGCCAGCACUUUGGGAGGCCGAGGCAGGUCGAUCGCUUGAGCUCAGGAGUUCAAGACCAGCCUUGGCCACAAUGCGAGACUUUGUCUCUACUAAAAAUAAAAAAGUUAGGCCAGGCGCGGUGGCUCACGCCUGUAACACCAGCACUUCGGGAGGCCAAGGCGGGUGGAUCACGAGGUCAGGAGACUAAAACGGUGAAACCCCGUCUCUACUAAAAAUUAAAAAAAAUUAGCUGGGCAGGGUGGCGACUGCCUGUAGUCCCAGCUACUCAGGAGGCUGAGGCUGGAGAAUGGCGAGAACUCGGGAGGUGGAGCUUGCAGUGAGUCGAGAUGGUGGCACUGCACUCCAGCCUGGGUGACAGAGUGGGACCCCAUCUCAAAAAAUACAUAAAAAUAAAAAAAUUAAAAAAUUAGCCAAAUAUGGUGGUGUGCACAUGUAGCCCCAGGCUGAGGUGGGACAAUCGCUUGAGCUCAGGAGUUUGAGGUUUUAGUGAGCUAUGAUCAUGCCACUGUACUCCAGCCUAGGCAACAGAGUGAGACCUUGUUUCAAAAGAAACCCCAAAACCAAACAACAAAAUAAAAUCACAAAAAUGAAAAUAUAUCAGAUUUCUUCUCAUUUUUUAGCUGUAUUCUGCAUAUGAAAGACAAAAAUGCAGGACCAGGCCAGGCAUGGUGGCUCACACCUGUAAUCCCAGCACUUUGGGAGGCUGAGGGAGGUGGAUCACCUGAUGUCAGGAGUGGGAGACCAGUCUGGCCAACAUGGUAAUUACAUUUUUUAUUUCCAAGAAUUCAAAUGGAUUCUUGUCUCAGUUCCUUAUUUCUCUAAGGUCUACACAUUAUAAAGUCCUUUCCUGACAUUCUGCUAUCACCAUUCCCUUGGUUGGUCCAUGGAUUGUACUGUCUAUUUGUGGUGUAUAAUUUCCCACGUGUUAAUUUUUGGUUCUGCGCUUGUCUGCUAUGCUAACGUUGAAGCAAGGAUGAUAAUAGAACCUCCCUAAAACUGAUCUUUUCCUUGUCCAGGAGCUGAACCCACUUUUGUAAGAUGAAUGAAAGGCCACAAGAUUAGGAUUUGGGGUGGGGAUCCUGAAUUCUGUGAAAAUACAGGCAUAGUUUCUGUAAUCCCUUACUGCUCAGGAGUUAUGUGGCCAGAGGUCACAAGAUUUGUGUCUUCCCCAAUGACUCCUGUAGACAACAUCACUAUUGUGGAACCAAAGAUUGGCCUUUUGGGAUGUUUCUUAGACUCACCCCACCUGGACUUAACCUGUGGCCUCAUCCAGACGUGGACUCAGUACAUGAGGACCAUGUCCACACCCCUGUGAUUGCAUCCCCAACCACUUGGGGUAACAUCAUUAAUUCUUUUGCACGUGGAAAUCCAGUUUUCCCAAUACCAUUGUAAUUCCCCGGUGGGUUCUUCCUGCUUGCUGCACAGACAAACCAGUUCACUGAGGCCAUGUUAUUGCAGAAAGGAGUUGAAUUAACUCAAUGCCAGCCACGUGGAAGGACUGGAGUUAUCACUGAAAUCUGCCUCCCCAAAGGCUCAGAGUUUAGGGUGUUUCAAGGAAAGUUUUGUGGGCAGGCAGGGGACUCAGGAAUGGGUGCUCUUUAAUGGUUAGGGCUUCUCUAGGUGUGUUCUGAAUGGCAGACUGUGCCCCACAGGCAGCACCCGGAGACAUCUCUUUGCAGCAUAUCAGCCCAGGCCUCCAGACUGGCCUCUGCUCGCCUCUCCUGUUCCGCAUGUGCAUUUUCUUUUUGUUUUAGGCUUCACUUCUGAGUUAUUCAUUUAGCCAUUUACUGCAGGAGUGAGGUGAGGAUAGGAGAGUACUUGGGGUGCUCUCAAUGGCCAGUGUGGUCUGGGGGUCCCUGAGCAGGACAGUGAGUUUGGGGUCUGGGGCUCAGGUGCUAUGGCAGUAGACUGUGCGAAGUGACAGGAAGACAUCCGCCUUGCAUGUUUUCCUUGGUUUUAAAGAAAGACAUUACCAUUUCAUGUUAUAUUUGUUUUCUGAGACAGAGUUUUGUUCUGUCACCCAUGCUGGAGUGCAAGGUGUGAUCUCAGCUCACUGCAACCUCCACAUCCCAGGUUCAAGCGAUUCUCCUGCCUCAGUCUCCCAAGUAGCUGAGAUGACAACCAAAAAGUACAUUUUAAAGCAGAGUAACAAAUUGAUAACUAAGUGUGGAGUGAAAGAGGGGACCCUGGAGGACUGGAAAUGGCAACGAUAGACUAUGGACUACGUUUCUCCCAUGGCUGAUUUGGCCUAUGCCCAGGAAUGAGCAAAGACAGCAGGCCCGUGAGACUGGAAGCAAGAUGGAGUCAGCCAUGCUAGACUUCUCUCACCAUCAUCUUUGCAAAGCUGGUCUCACCAUUUAUUGAAGUGAAUAUUCUUUUUUUUAUUUGAGACGAAGUCUUGCUCUGUUGCCUAGGCUGAAGUGCAAUGGUGCGAUCUCAGCUCACUACAACUUCCAUCUCCCGGGUUCAAGAAAUUCUCCUGCCUCAGCCUCACUAUGCCUGGCUAAUUUUUGUAUUUUUAGUAGAAACGGGGUUUUACCAUGUUGGGCUUCACAACACACAUCAGCCCAUCUCCUCUCCUGCUUGGCAGGUAUGGUCAUGAUCCUCAUUUCCCAGUUAAAGAAACCAAAACUCCAUUAUGAUGUUUCACCAUAUUGGCCAGGCUGGUCUCAAACACCUGACCAAAAGUGAUCCAAGUGCCUCAGCCUCCCAAAGUGCUGGGAUUACAAGUGUGAGCCACCGCACCCAGCCAAUUAGGAGUAAAUAUCCAACAUUUAGCCAGGUGCAGUGGCUCACUCCUUAACCCCAGCACUUUCAGAAGCUGAGGUGGGAGGAUCACUUGAGCCCAGGAGUUUGAGUCCAGGCCUAGCAACAUAGUGAGACCCUGUCUCAACAAAACAUUUAAAAAUUAGCCAGGCAUGGUGGUGUGCACCUCUAGUCACAGCUACUUGGGAGGCUGAGAUGGGAGAGUAUUUGAGCCCAGAAGGUCAAGUAAGCUGUGGUUGUGUCACUGUACUCCAGUCUGCAUAACAGAGCAAGACCCUGUCUCAAAAAAAGAAAUCCAAAAUGUAUAAAUAAUUGAUACAACUCAAAACAAAUAACCCAAUUUUUAAAAUGUUAAAAAAAAAACUUGAAGAGACCUUUCUUUAAAGAAGAUAUAAAAAUAGCAAGUAGGUAUCUGAAAGGUGUUCUGCAUUAUAGAUCAUUAGGGAAAUGCAAAUCAAACCCACUGAGAUACUCCCUCACACCCCUUACGACCAUUAUCAAAAAGUCAAAAGAUAAAUGUUGGCAAGAGUGUGGAGAAAUGGGAACUUUUGCAUGCUAUGGAUGAGAAUGUAGAUUGGUACAGCCAUUCUGGAAAAGAGUAUGAAGAUUUCUACAGAAAUUAAAAAUAGAACUGCCAUAUGACUCAGCAAUCCCUCUCCUCAGCAUACAGCCAAAGGAAAUGAAAUCAUUACUUUGUAAAGAUACCUGUAUUCUCAUGUUCACUGCAGUCUUAAUCACAAUAGCCAAGAUAUGGUAACAAUCUAAGUGUCCAUCAAUGGAUAAAUGGAUAAAGAGACUGUGGCACACAUACACAAUGGAAUAUUAUUCAGCCCAGAAAACAAACAAGGUCUUGCCAUUUGCCACAAGAUGGAUGAGGCUGGAGGAUGUGAUGCUACGUGAAAUAAAGCAUACACAGAAAACCAAA